GCUCUAACAUUUUCGAAAUGCACAAAUCUAAGAGUAAGCAAUUUAAAGACGUUGGAUCCGCAGCAAAUUCAUAUUGUUAUUCAGGAUUGCGAUGGCGUAGAGGCUUCAAAUCUAUUAGUAGUAGCACCAGAAAAAAGCCCCAACACAGAUGGAAUUCACAUCACAAGAUCAUCAAAUGUGAAAGUUCAUGAUUCUACAAUAGGAACAGGUGAUGAUUGUAUCUCUAUAGUAAGUGGAACUAAAAAUGUUGAAGUGAGCAACAUAGUAUGUGGACCAGGUCAUGGAAUCAGUAUCGGAAGCUUGGGUGUCGAUAACUCGGCAAGUUCUGUUUCAAAUGUACAUGUGACGGGGGCAGUGUUAACAGGAACCACAAAUGGAGCACGGAUAAAGACUUGGCAGGGAGGGAGCGGAUAUGCGAUGAACAUAGUGUACGACAAUAUUGUGAUGAAGAAUGUGUCCAAUCCAAUAAUCAUAGAUCAAAACUACUGCGAUAAAGGCAAAGACUGUCAAAAGGCCGCAUCAGGGGUACAGAUACAGAACGUAGUAUUCAGUGACAUAAGUGGCACGAGUGCUACAAAAGAUGCAAUCACUCUGGACUGCAGUGAAUCGGUUCCAUGCAGAAAUAUCAUACUAGAAAAUGUGAAGCUAAGUGCCGUAAAAGCUGGACCAAAAGUCGAUGCUGUUUGCACCAAUAUCAAUCAGACAUUACUAAUAAAUACUAGUCCAACUUGCUUUUAG